GAUGGUGAAAAUAAGAGUUGUUUGAAAACUGGAAGAGUUUAGAUUCCCACUGGAGGAGAGCGAAGGAGUCCUAAGGCGUCUGUUCAGGGGAGAUAUUUUGUCUAUUAGAUGCCAUCGAUGCUAAUGUCAACGAAAUCACCAAAGUUUAAGAAAACUUGACAAAAAUGACUGAAGGAGAGGUUGCAGCAAAUGGUGAAAAUGCCACCAGCAAGGACAUUCAGGAUAUUGAAGCCAAGAUUAUACGCCAAGUUGAAUACUACUUUGGUGAUUACAAUCUUCCCCGAGACAAAUUCCUACAGGAGGAAGUGAAAAAUGAUGAUGGUUGGAUCAGCAUGGAAACAAUGACAAAGUUCAAGCGCUUGGCCACUUUGUCCACUGAUGCAGAAGUUAUCACAGCUGCUUUACGGAAAUCUGAAAGUAAACUGAUUGAGGUGCAUGAAAGCAAUACCAAGAUACGCCGUUCCCCUGACCAACCCCUGCCCAUUUUUGAUGACAAAAUAAAGGAAGAAACUAUGAAACGAACAGUUUACUGCAAGGGUUUUCCCAAGGAUGGCUCCGUGACCUUAGAUGACCUCCUUGAAUAUUUCAAGGCAUAUGGCCCAUAUGAAACUGUCUUGAUGCGGUACUUCUUCAACAAGGAAGACAAAAAGCAAGGUUUUAAGGGGUCUGUUCUAGUUGUGUUCCCAAAAGAGGAAAAAGCUAAGGAGUUUAUGGAGUUGACUGAGGUAAAGUUCAAGGAUACAGUAUUGAUCAGGAAGUGGCACACAGAUUAUGUUGGAACCAGGAUGAUGACUUUGUUGAGGAUGAACUAGAAAUUGAACUCCCAAAGGGUAUCUUCCUCCACUUCACUGGCUUCAGUGAAGGCAAUGAUAUAACUAGAGAGGACAUCAAGGAAGCAUUGGGAGAAAAUGUUGAUCAGUGUGCCUGGAUUGACUUCAGCCGUGGCAUGACUCAGGGUUAUCUACGCUUUAAGGAGGCUGACUUCAACAAAAUUGUAAUGGACAAGUUAGAAGGAAAGAUAAAGGUCAAAGAAAUGGAAGGUACCCUCCGUUUGAGGCCAGAAGCAGAGCACGGGCAAGUAUUAGCAAAAAGAGAAAAUCUGGAGGUCGGGGCUUCCAGAAUAAGAGGAGAAGGAUGUAAAUGCAACUGAUAAACCUGAUCACAAAAUCACAUUAUGCCAAUUUGUAUUUCUUUUCUCUUGGAGCUUUAUCUGUUUUUUAGGUAGUAUACUCACUAUUUUGUGCCUCUGUAUGGAUCCAAAGUUAUUACAAAUCUUUUGUUUUCUUAAAUACAUGUAUGGAUAGGCCUAGAUAUAUUGGCAUAUAAACAUACCAUUACAUUACUUACACAUGUAAAUGAGAAACCUAAGCAUCCACGUUUACCUACAGUACGUUUACUUGUAUCUAGAUAUAUAGGAGUAGUUCAUUUCAAAUUUUCUGAAAGAGUGAAUAGUGUAAUUAUUUACUUUUACACCAUGCAUUAGUUUUAUAUAUAGGAGUUUAAUAGGAUGCAAGAGUUGGGAGUGCAUCUAACAAAGCAUAUAUCAAACAGGCCAUUUGUGAUUGGCUAACAUGAAUUCAUGUUAAGCUGUGUAUUACUUUGUGACAAAUACUUGUGUUGUGGGUAGUAAGGGUGUGUAGUACCUGCUAGGACAUAAUGAAUUACUGCUCACAUAAAUAUAGUUGUUAUA